AUUUCCUUACAUUUCCACAGUGUUUAAGUAGGGAGAACAUCACAUCAGCAAUCUGGCGUUUGUCUGAAGGGAGAUGGUACAAAAGACAGUUUAACACUGCUAGAACCUGCCGAAGAGGUAAAGAUUGUAAUACAUUUGUACUUUUUAACUAAGAGACUCUUAAUUGAAUGAAACAACGGUGAUUUUUUGAUGUAAAUCUACACGGACUACAUUGUGCUUUGUCAUUGCCAUCCACAUACUUCACCGAUUCUGGCCAUACAAAUAACUCGUACUACUGCUAUUUGUGAAUUGCAUUCUGCAUGAGGACUAAGUAGUACACGAUGACUUUAGUGAAGGAUUUAAGCGAAUUUUCAUCUUUUAAAUAACUGAGCACGUACUAAUAGGAAGGCCUGUGAUAGGCCUUAUGCUUCCGCACCCGCAGGCUAUUUUUGAGCUACACAAUGCGUCACAGCCAGCGCAUAAGAAACUCUAAAUUGAACAAUACAAAUAAUAAUGUUUUGGAUGAAGACAUCAAAGUUGGUUUGAUUGAUGAUUUAUUUUCCAGCUCUUUCCCCAAAAUAUGCCCGGAACAAGGAAGGACGGAAACUAAAACGGAAGAACUGCAACAAAAACAUUGUGAGAUGAUAACCAGAAAAAGAAAGCGGACCGAAGAAGCUAUACAUCUUGAAACCACAUCUUCCAAACCUGCUUCUAAAAAUACGGUAUGUGACGCCUUUGAAGUGUCUGAAAAUACCACUCGGGUUAACCAACAACAGCAGUUCUCCCAUGUGACGAGUGAGGAGCUGUCGGGACUGGAACUUUCGGAUUUGUUCGACAUUGAAGAUUUUAACUGGGAACUGGAUAAAGACCCCAGUUCUCCGCUUCUCGAAGUUGGUCUGGACGGGUUUCCACAUCAUGCCCCUGAUGACACAACAACGCAGCUGGAUUCUGACCUGAGCUCGUUUGGGUCGCUGCAAAACCUAAUGAACUCUGAAGGUGGCGCAACCGAUGCUCAAUAUCGGUUCCAAAAUCAACAGAGAAGUGGGCAAAAAACUCAGCAAUCUACAGUGGAUCUACCAGGGAGGAGCAACCGCAACGCUAUUGCUGCCAGAGUGAAUCGUUUGAAAAAGAAAGAGUACGUAAACGGAUUGGAAAAUAAAGUCACCAGUUUGGCGACGGAGAAUAAGGAGCUGAAAGAAGAGAAUAAACAACUAAGCAAGAGGUUGGGUGAGCUGGAAGACGAGACGAGGUACCUCAGGGCUGUCCUGGCUAACGAAAGCACGUUAGCCCAGCUUUUAAGCAGACUCGCCGGUGGGAAUGGGAUGAAGCUGUCUACCUCGCUUUUCAAGGAACCCAAAGAGAACGACCACGAUUACGCGCUUCCCGGGAAAAAGGUGAAGUUGGAGGAAAAGGAAACGUCCGGAGGGGUUUGUCUUCACGUCGAUAACAAUAUCGUCUCUGUGGAAUUCUGCUCUAAAUGUGCAGAAAGCGCAAACUCGUCGCAUAAAAUUUUUUUUCUAGGUGACUGUCUUGCCAUGCUGUGUUGGUGGGGGUUACAGAACAGCCAUGCACCUGACUCCAUGUGGAUACUGCUGUGGUGGAAGCUGAAGAAACGGGACCUGCUGCUGGCAUCUUGUCCUGAUUUUUAUUAAAAGCAAGCAUUCUCUGCAAAAAAAAGCUGUAGUCUAUUCCCAUCAUUAUGGAUUAAAUUGUGGUAAAUGUCCAUUUUAUGUUUUAUGCUACAUCUACAGUUCUAUAAUGCAUCUGUUUCGUCAUACUGUACAGUUGUAGCUGUGAGCCGUCAUGGGGGCGGGGAAGCAUUGCUUUAGCGGCAGUAUUGAUUUUGAAUUCAGGGACCACGACAGUUGUGUUUUUGUGGGUGUUUUACCAGGUCUAUGCAUUACAUCUGCACUGAUUUUCAGUGCACAAAGUGCUUAAUAUAUAAACAACAUUUUUUCCACCAAAAAUGUAACUGUUAGACCCGGCUAGAGGUCCAAUGUGAGUUUUUAGAGGCAUGUUUUAAGCACAAGGCAGUAACAGUAUCUUACUGAAAAACAUACUCUUCCAGUCAUCACUGAGUCUACUGAAUAAAAAUGAUUGAUUGACCCAUCAUAAUCGUGGUCUGGCACAAGUGUAAAGGCAAAUGCCAUUCAUCUGCAAUUAACAUCUAAGUUGAGGAAAUGUUUUAACUGCUGAAAAAGAUGAAUGUGUCUACUGAUUCACUUGAUGUUGAGGGUCCUUCCUUGAACCAUUUAAUACCUGUCGGUGAUGUUGGUAUCUAGCAACGCAUCUAAUGUGCGGAGAUAUCUGCCAAAGUUGUCCUUCUGCAAAAGAGCAACCACAUCUAACCUUUUUUUUUUUUUGUUUUUUUGUUUUUGUUUUUGUUUCCCAAUACAUAUUUGUAAAGUUUCUUCAAACACACACAAUUGACCUCAUCAGGGGCUCUGCCCACUCUAGUUACUGUUGCUAGGUCUGACAAACUGCAAAAUGACUCCAGACAAGGCUUCUGUACUUGACAUCCCGUCGACUUUCUCUUAUUGUCCGAAUGCGAGACAGAAGGCAAGGCAGUAUGUGUCAUCUAGAUACAUUAAGUGUAAAGCUCAAUACAAUUAAAAUUGAAGCUGUAGUUUACCGCUCAGUGGAAACAUGAGACUCCACACAAAAUAGUGUGUAGAGAGUUUGAUUAAAAACGCGCAGUACAGUUAUAAAGCAGCGUAAGAAAUCUAACUUUUAUAGAGUGAUAAGUGAAUAACAUUUGAAUUAAUUGCCGUUGUGUUGUAAUAAUUUUAAUGUUAGCUAAGGCAUUGCUUUAUUUGCUGCAAACGACAAUGCUAAAAACAAAAUAUGUCCCCGAUUCCAGGUUUAAUCAUUUCGUACUUCAAAAGCUUGCAACACAUGUUAAUGAAUAAAUACCAAAACAGAUGUUACGUUAUCUCGCCUAGCAUACUGUGGUCAAAGUUAAAUGUAUGCAUGUUCUAUUGCGGAUUCCAGUCGGUGUUGAAAAUCAGCAAGUAUAAUAAAAUACAUAUUUUACUAGAUUUGAGAAGUGUAAUUUAAACCAUUAUUGCCAUAAUAAUAAAACAAUCAUUGUCGAGCAGAACUAUGAAUAUAAUCUCAUUAAUAUUUAAUUCGUAAACUUCUAGUCCUUCCUGCGCUUUCACGUGUAUUACUGUGUCAUCCCGAUAUAACUAAGUUUGUUCUUAGCGUAUAGUGACAUUAAGAUCAUAUUUUCAGUAUAUUAUUUUUAACAUGUCAAUCUACCUAAAUGAAAGGGACACCAGGAAUAUGUGCCUUGAUUUCUUGUUUUUGUACCCUAUGAACUUUGGGGACUCGUAGUAAUUUACAUUUCUGUAAAGUUAUAGACUUUAAAAUAAAUUAAUAUUUUUUGGAUGUCUAAUAAAUACAUAUAUUCUUACCUUGGUGCAGACAAAUAAAUGCUUAGUCCCAUGAACUUUAUUCACGUUCAGCUGGUCUUGAGGUCGGCUGCAUAGCAUAAUCCAACGCUGGCAUUUUUCUUUUUGUGACCUUGGUUUCGGAAAAGGGAUGAACUUCACCCCUUGAAUCCUCUCGGGAUACCUUGUGUCGGAGUUGCAGGUACCCUAGGCACAUCAGUAAUUUAAGUGAUAGUCUGACUGGCGUCUCAGUGUAUUUCUAUGGCACUUAUUUGUUUGGUUGUUGGACCAUGGAACAGAUGUUCUUUGAGCUAGCGCUGUGAUUGGUUGGGUGAUGUCACCAGCGUAAGGUCAAUUGGUGGGCAACAUAUAUUUUUUACGGUAACCAUCCAUUCAGGGUAUGUGAAGUAAGGAUACCCGUAGGGGUCUAACUUGGGUUAAUUUGACCCCUCUAGGCAUUUGUACAUUUCAUACCUGUAAAGAAAAAAAUGGUGUGUUCCCUGAUCAGUUUUGCCAAAAUGUGAAUUUCUCUAUUGACACACAUAGUUAUGUCCAAAAGAUCGGCAUCACCUAGUGUUUUAGGAUUGAGAGAAAAAACAAAUGUAGACCUUUUAUUUAACAUUAUGUGAUCAAAGACGCUACAAAAUGAUAUCGCAAAAUCUACCGGGAGCCAUAAUUACUAAUUUUAUUUAUUUGAAAUGCCAACAUUUUCUAUUUGUUUUUUGUCAAGUGUAGGGAAAACUACAAACCGUUAUGUAGUUCAAUAUGUUAACAUAACAUUAUUCAGCAGAUUUGAUUCGAUUUUAUGAAGCACAAUUAGUUAAAUCUGUAGGGUGAUGCAAAACAUUUGGCCAUAGCUGUAUGUAAACAUUUCAUGGGACCAAUUUCAUCCUUCCUCUGUAUUGGUCUUCAAGGUUGACCCCAUAGAUUAAGUAAAGUCAGUAUUUGAAAAGCCAACGCAAGUCAAUUAGUUCUCAAGUACUACGCAGUGCACCAUAUAGUAUCGUGAAAUAAAGAAAACCCAUAUUUUACAGAAUAUUAUGGGGGGCACAUACUUUUCAUAUGAAAGGGAUUUGUUAUUGUUUCUUAGUAUAGGUUAUAUAAGCAGCAGUAAAAACAGUACACC